AUGUCCACUCCCGCAGCCACCAUGGCAGGCGUCGAGGCGCCCCCGAAGCUCGAAAAGAAGCCGAUCAAGUUCAGCAACUUGCUGCUUGGCUCGGGUCUGAACAUGUUCGAAGUGUCGACGCUGGGCCAGCCUUUGGAGGUCGUCAAGACCACCAUGGCUGCUAACCGCAGCGAAGGCUUCGGUGGCGCCAUCCGCAAGAUCUGGGCUCGUGGUGGAGUCCUUGGCUUUUACCAAGGUCUGAUCCCCUGGGCCUGGAUUGAGGCCUCCACGAAGGGAGCUGUGCUCCUUUUCGUCGCCUCCGAGGCUGAGUACCACGCGCGUUCCUUCGGCGCCUCCCCCUUCGUCGGUGGCAUCACUGGCGGCAUGGUCGGCGGUCUCGCCCAGGCCUAUGCCACCAUGGGUUUCUGCACCUGCAUGAAGACGGUCGAGAUCACAAAGCACAAGGUCGCUGCCUCUGGCGCGAAGCCGCCGGGCACGAUGGAGACUUUCAUGGAGAUCUGGCGCAAGGAGGGUAUCCGCGGCAUCAACAAGGGCGUCAACGCCGUCGCCGUCCGCCAGGUCACCAACUGGGGUUCUCGCUUCGGUCUGUCCCGAGUUGCGGAAACCGGAAUCCGCAAGGUCACCGGCAAGGAAGGCGGCGAGAAGCUCAGCGUCUUCGAGAAGAUCAUCGCCUCCACCCUCGGUGGUGGUCUCUCCGCCUGGAACCAGCCGAUCGAGGUCAUUCGCGUCGAGUUGCAGAGCAAGGUCGAGGACCCCAACCGGCCGAAGAAAAUGAACGUCGCCAGCGCGGCGAAGUACAUCUACCAGAAGAACGGAAUCAAGGGUUUGUACAGGGGCGUUACUCCUAGGAUUGGUUUGGGCGUUUGGCAGACGGUUUGCAUGGUUGCUUUGGGUGACGUGGCUAAGGAAGCUGUCGAGAAGCUCACUGGCGACCAGGUCACGGCGAAGCACUAG